GGGAAUGCCACCCACCCUGCCACCGCCCUUGAUAAUGGGAACCACGUCCACCACUGUCGCUUGUCGCCGGCGACGAGCAUGACAUCUUCCUUGUUACAAACGCUCCUUUGAACCUCCUCUACCUACUGUUCAAAUCGAAAAUCCUCGGUAGCUCAACUUGUUGUGCGAAACCCCACGUCGACCAUCCCGCAUUUUCUUGCUGCACCCGAGCGUUUCACAUUCACAAACGGCUUUGCAUAAAACCUGGGAAGAGCGACGCCCGCACAUUGCGAUCGAACUCACCCUUUCACCCCGUACAGGUAUCUUGAGAAUCUGGUCAUCAGGAGCCGUCGCAAGACAAUCCAUCCACCAUCUUACACCACCUGCUGUUGCACGAAACGUUCUUCCUCGUCGAGAACUCCCCCCCUUCCGCCGCUCGGUGCCGAAAUAACAGCGAAAUCUCUCACAAAGGAUAGACCUGGGGACCUAUCGCUUUGCAUACAUUGUCUCGUCGGAAGGUCGGAUAGAAAGAAUCCACGGAUUGGGUCUGCAACAUCCCGAGGAUCACGAGGCUAUACACACACGGACGCAAUCCUUUUUCACAAGGUGUCACGAGAAUCAGCUUACAAGGGUUCUUGUGGGAUAUAGAACCGAAUCCCUUGCCCAGAUCACAACUACUCGCCCUAUAACCCAUUUUACACACCGGUUGUGACACUGCCUUAUCAUCGUCAACAUGGGUCUCUUUGAAAAGUUACAAUCAAAACUCGAACUAUACCGCCUCGAGCAGAAAUAUGCUCGUCGCAAGAACAGAACCACCUACAGCACCGGCGCCCAGUAUGUCGACGGAGAGUACGUCUACCCGAGUGGACCGGACUACCUGGAAAGCCCCGUCUCUGCAAACUCGACCGGCAGCAGCUCCGGCAGUUCGAACAAGAGAAGGACCAUGUUCUGGACACCUCCUGAUCAGCGCCGAUGAUGCCACCUCCCUCAAAUCAUUCCAAUUCGACUGAAAGUGGUGGCGGGGGCUGUACAAAUUUCGUGUCUUGACGUUUUCGGGGUCUGGGGUUUUCAAGCAUAGCAUGGGCGUUGUGUGUGUGUGUGAUUUCCUUCUUGGGGUUUGGAGUACCACCAUGACAUGCUCCGUAUUGUUAUUAUAAAGUUACAUGGUUUCAAGGACGCAUUUCAUUUGUUACGAACAACAUCAACAUCGAUUGGAGCCGCGAGAAAAAGAGACGAGUUUGCCGUCGAAUUGAGUUGGGGGCCAGGGUGGGCAAGAGCAGCGCAACCCGAGGCAAGAAAUUACCUAUCUGCCUAGGUACACACUGUUGGACGGGCACAGUGUCAGUAGGUAGGAAGAGAAGAGCACUCUUUUUUUUCCGCUUCAGCAAGCGAGUAUGAAAAUACAGUACAAUACUUAUCUCAUCAAAAGAGGUACAA